GCGCGGGGCGCACGCGGGCGGCCACCCGACUCUCCCCUCCCUUCUUCCCACCCCGGCCUGCUCCUGCUCAGCCCCACCUCCCCACGCACUCGGCUGCCCUCCUCUCUCCUGAGAGUUGCCCCGCACCUUGGGCGAAGAGUUCGGAGCGGCCCCAUCGCAGAGCCCACGGCCGGCCGAGCGCGCGCGACGCAGGUGCCCGAGCCCCGGCGCCGCCGCCAUCUCUGCCUUCGGUCGAGUUGGACCCCCGGAUCGAGGUGUACUUCUCUGAAGUAAGAUGAUUUGUCAAAAAUUCUGUGUGGUUUUGUUACAUUGGGAGUUUAUUUAUGUGAUAACUGCAUUUAACUUGUCAUAUCCAAUUACUCCUUGGAGAUUUAAGUUGUCUUGCAUGCCACCAAAUUCAACCUAUGACUACUUCCUUUUGCCUGCUGGACUCUCAAAGAAUACUUCAAAUUCGAAUGGACAUUAUGAGACAGCUGUUGAACCUAAGUUUAAUUCAAGUGGUACUCACUUUUCUAACUUAUCCAAAACAACUUUCCACUGUUGCUUUCGGAGUGAGCAAGAUAGAAACUGUUCCUUAUGUGCAGACAACAUUGAAGGAAAGACAUUUGUUUCAACAGUAAAUUCUUUAGUUUUUCAACAAAUAGGUGCAAACUGGAACAUACAAUGCUGGCUAAAAGGAGAUUUGAAAUUAUUCAUCUGUUAUGUGGAGUCAUUAUUUAAGAAUCCAUUCAAGAAUUAUAACUAUAAGGUCCAUCUUUUAUAUGUUCUGCCUGAAGUGUUAGAAGAUUCACCUCUGGUUCCCCAAAAAGGCAGUUUUCAGAUGGCUCACUGCAAUUGCAGUGUUCAUGAAUGUUGUGAAUGUCUUGUGCCUGUGCCAGCAGCCAAACUCAAUGACACUCUCCUUAUGUGUUUGAAAAUCACAUCUGGUGGAGUAAUUUUCCAGUCACCUCUAAUGUCAGUUCAGCCCAUAAAUAUGGUGAAGCCUGAUCCACCAUUAGGUUUGCAUAUGGAAAUCACAGAUGAUGGUAAUUUAAAGAUUUCUUGGUCCAGCCCACCAUUGGUACCAUUUCCACUUCAAUAUCAAGUGAAAUAUUCAGAGAAUUCUACAACAGUUAUCAGAGAAGCUGACAAGAUUGUCUCAGCUACAUCCGUGCUGGUAGACAGUAUACUUCCUGGGUCUUCGUAUGAGGUUCAGGUGAGGGGCAAGAGACUGGAUGGCCCAGGAAUCUGGAGUGACUGGAGUACUCCUCAUGUCUUUACCACACAAGAUGUCAUAUACUUUCCACCUAAAAUUCUGACAAGUGUUGGGUCUAAUGUUUCUUUUCACUGCAUCUAUAAGAAUGAAAACAAGAUUGUUUCCUCAAAAAAGAUUGUUUGGUGGAUGAAUUUAGCUGAGAAAAUUCCUCAAAGCCAGUAUGAUGUUGUGAAUGAUCAUGUUAGCAAAGUUACUUUUUUCAAUCUGAAUGAAACCAAACCUCGAGGAAAGUUUACCUAUGAUGCCGUGUACUGCUGCAAUGAACAUGAAUGCCAUCAUCGCUAUGCUGAAUUAUAUGCGAUUGAUGUCAAUAUCAAUAUCUCAUGUGAAACUGAUGGGUACUUAACUAAAAUGACUUGCAGAUGGUCAACCAAUACAAUCCAGUCACUUGUGGGAAGUACUUUGCAACUGAGGUAUCAUAGGAGCAGCCUUUACUGUUCUGACUUUCCAUCUAUUCAUCCCAUAUCUGAGCCCAAAGAUUGCUAUUUGCAGAGGGAUGGUUUCUAUGAAUGCAUUUUCCAGCCAAUCUUCCUAUUAUCUGGCUAUACAAUGUGGAUUAGGAUCAAUCACUCUCUAGGUUCACUUGACUCUCCACCAACAUGUGUCCUUCCUGAUUCUGUGGUGAAGCCACUGCCUCCAUCCAGUGUGAAAGCAGAAAUUACUAUAAACAUUGGAUUAUUGAAAAUAUCUUGGGAAAAGCCAGUCUUUCCAGAGAAUAACCUUCAAUUCCAGAUUCGCUAUGCUUUAAGUGGAAAAGAAGUACAAUGGAAGAUGUAUGAGGUUUAUGAUGCAAAAUCAAAAUCUGUCAGUCUCCCAGUUCCAGACUUGUGUGCAGUCUAUGCUGUUCAGGUGCGCUGUAAGAGGCUAGAUGGACUGGGAUAUUGGAGUAAUUGGAGCAAUCCAGCCUACACAGUUGUCAUGGAUAUAAAAGUUCCUAUGAGAGGACCUGAAUUUUGGGGAAUAAUUAAUGGAGAUACUAUGAAAAAGGAGAAAAAUGUCACUUUACUUUGGAAGCCCCUGAUGAAAAAUGACUCAUUGUGCAGUGUUCAGAGAUACGUGAUAAACCAUCAUACUUCCUGCAAUGGAACAUGGUCAGAAGAUGUGGGAAAUCACACGAAAUUCACUUUCCUGUGGACAGAGCAAGCACAUACUGUUACGGUUCUGGCCAUCAAUUCAAUUGGUGCUUCUGCUGCAAAUUUUAAUUUAACCUUUUCAUGGCCUAUGAGCAAAGUAAAUAUCGUGCAAUCACUCAGUGCUUAUCCUUUAAACAGCAGUUGUGUGAUUCUUUCCUGGAUGCUAUCACCCAGUGAUUACAAGCUAAUGUAUUUUAUUAUUGAGUGGAAAAAUCUUAAUGAAGAUGGUGAAAUAAAAUGGCUUAGAAUCUCUUCAUCUGUUAAGAAGUAUUAUAUCCAUGAUCAUUUUAUCCCCAUUGAGAAGUACCAGUUCAGUCUUUACCCAAUAUUUAUAGAAGGAGUGGGAAAACCAAAGAUAAUUAAUAGUUUCACUCAAGGUGAUACUGAAAAACACCAGAAUGAUGCAGGUUUAUAUGUAAUUGUGCCAGUAAUUAUUUCCUCUUCCAUCUUACUGCUUGGAACAUUAUUAAUAUCACACCAAAGAAUGAAAAAGCUGUUUUGGGAAGAUGUUCCGAACCCCAAGAAUUGUUCCUGGGCACAAGGACUUAAUUUUCAGAAGCCAGAAACGUUUGAGCAUCUUUUUAUCAAGCAUACAGCAUCAGUGACAUGUGGUCCUCUUCUUUUGGAGCCUGAAACAAUUUCAGAAGAUAUCAGUGUUGAUACAUCAUGGAAAAAUAAAGAUGAGAUGGUGCCAACAACUGUGGUCUCUCUACUUUCAACAACAGAUCUUGAAAAGGGUUCUGUUUGUAUUAGUGACCAGUUCAACAGUGUUAACUUCUCUGAGGCUGAGGGUACCGAGGUAACCUAUGAGGACGAAAGCCAGAGACAACCCUUUGUUAAAUAUGCCACGCUGAUCAGCAACUCUAAACCAAGUGAAACUGGUGAAGAACAAGGGCUUAUAAAUAGUUCAGUCACCAAGUGCUUCUCUAGCAAAAAUUCUCCAUUGAAGGAUUCUUUCUCUAAUAGCUCAUGGGAGAUAGAGGCCGAGGCAGUUUUUAUAUUAUCAGAUCAGCGUCCCAACAUAAUUUCACCACACCUCACAUUCUCAGAAGGAUUGGAUGAACUUUUGAAAUUGGAGGGAAAUUUCCCUGAAGAAAAUAAUGAUGAAAAGUCUAUCUAUUAUUUAGGGGUCACCUCAAUCAAAAAGAGAGAGAGUGGUGUGCUUUUGACUGACAAGUCAAGAGUAUUGUGCCCAUUCCCAGCCCCCUGUUUAUUCACGGACAUCAGAGUUCUCCAGGACAGUUGCUCACACUUUGUAGAAAAUAAUUUCAACUUAGGAACUUCUAGUAAGAAGACUUUUGCAUCUUACAUGCCUCAAUUCCAAACUUGUUCUACUCAGACUCAUAAGAUCAUGGAAAACAAGAUGUGUGACCUAACUGUGUAAUUUCACUGAAGAAACCUUCAGAUUUGUGUUAUAAUGGGUCAUAUAAAGUGUAAUAGAUUACUUUAUAGUUUGGGUGGGAGAGAGAAAAGAAAUCAGAGUCAAAUUUGAAAAUAAUUGUCCCAAAUGAAUGUUGUCUGUUUGUCCUCUCUUAGUAAUAUAGACAAAAAACUUGAGAAAGCCUU